CCAACCCUGGUAGGGGACAGACUCCUAGAGAGGCCGAAUGAUGGAUGGACAGAAAUGGGGUGGAGGGGAGGGGGGGGCGCGGUGUCUCCCCUGUUAAACUCCUGUCUCUCGUUGAAAGCAGGGCGUGAAUUUCUCAAACCCACCACCUGGGUGAGCCCCAGCAGGGUGGUGGCGCUCGGGGGAAGCGUCACCAUCCGCUGUGAGGGCUGGUUCCUGGGCAUGGAGUUCUUUCUGCGUAAAGCUGGACACCCGAACCCGCAAGUGUGGACGAUGUUACCUGAUGGGACCAGGGCUGAAUUUCCCAUCCCCAGUGUCGGCCGGGAAGAUGGAGGGAGCUACACCUGCGACUAUCGCUCAAUAACGGAUCAGAGUCGCUGGUCGUAUCCCAGUGACCCCGUCGAGAUCAUUGUGGGAGAGCCCAGCUACCCCAAGCCCAGCAUCUCCCUGAGCCCCAGCUGGGGGGUCUUGCUGGGCGGAGCCGUGACUGUCCAGUGUCAGGGGCAGCACCAGGGCGUGCGGUUCGUGCUGAAUAAAGAGGGACGUCAUUUCCCACCUGUGGAUUCGGACGGGUUGGAGACUGAGUUUUUCAUCAGCAACGUGCGCCGGGAGCCCGGCGGGAGCUACAGCUGCUCCUAUCACAGCAGAUCGGAGCCGUUCAACGUAUCGUACCCCAGUGACCCCGUGGAGCUGGUGGUGAGAGAUCCCAGCUUACCCAGACCCUCCAUCUCUCUGAGCCCCACCGGGGUCACCGCCCCAGGGGCAGACGUCACCAUCCGGUGUCAGGGGCAGCGCCGGGACGUGAGGUUCUUCCUGCACAAGGCUGGAGACCUGAACCCGCAGCGACACAUGGACCCUGCUGGGGCCGGGGCCGAGUUCCGCAUCCCCAGCGUGGGCCGGCAGCACGGAGGGAACUACAGCUGCAGCUACCGGCCCCAAUCACAGCCCUUCGUCUCCUCGCAGCCCAGUGACCCCGUGCAGCUGGUGGUAGCAGAGGGGUCCUACCCCAAACCCUCCAUCUCCGUCAGCCCCGGUGGGGUGAUCCCCAUGGGGGGAAACAUCACCAUCCGGUGUCGGCAUCAGCACCUGGGCAUGAGGAUCCUCCUCUACAAGGAUGGAGCUGGGAACUAUCUGACUUACACAGACCCUGUUGGUUAUGUGGCUGAAUUUCCCAUCACCAGCGCCAGAUGGGACCACAGGGGCAGCUACACCUGUCGCUAUACCUACAGAACAGGACCAGCUGCCUACUCGGAGCCCAGUGACCCUGUGCAGAUCAUUGUUGCAGCCGUGACCAUCCAGUGUCGGGGGCAGCGCCAGGGCAUGCGGUUCAUGCUGAAUAAAGAGGGACGCCAUGUCCAAAGUGUGGAUUCGGACAGGCUUUGGGGUCUGUUUCCCAUCAGCAACGUGCGCCGGGAGGACGGCGGGAGCUACAGCUGCUUCUAUCACAGCAGAUCGGAGCCGUUCACCGCGUCGGACCCCAGCGACCCUGUGGAGCUGGUGGUGAGAGCAGCCCCCUCGGGGCGCCCGGAUUUCACCCACGCCAACAUCGCCCGCCUGGCGCUGGGCUCCGCGGUCCUGCUCGUCCUGGGGCUGAUCUUGGCCGAGGCCUGUUACAGCCGCCCGAGGGGGGCGCCCUAG